AUGUAUUGGUUCCGUGCAGCCGUACUACAUAACCACUGCGUGCUUGGCACGCAGUGGUCCACAGUUUCGCGGAACAGUCCAACCGACUGUAACCCCCCCUGUCAAGGUAACCUCGAUACUGAUCAGCGCGUACUGGGGUCUCGCUGCUCCGCUGCCGAGUUCAUGCUAGAGCAGUCUGGUCUCCCGAGCACCCAAGUUACCACAGUGUUGCUGCGAUCUCCGAUUGUGGCCGUGAAGCGUUGCUCGACAGGAGAUUUGUAG